AUGUUCAACAAGAAUGCUGCGCUUAGCCAAGGAACUGAUAUACCUUCUUUUAACGGCGAGUUUGUUCAGUACGCAGCCGACAAUGUUGACCACAACAUUAGGACUCUCGACGGGCAUAACACCUUCCACGGUAUGGGAAUGAUUGCAGUCGUAACACCUGGCACCAAACACAGUCGUAAUGUCGCGCGACGCAAAGUUACUCCCGAAGAAAUCUCGGCAACUGGAAGGGUAGAAAUACAUCCAUGCGGGCCCCGACAGGUGAACGUGGAGAUCAAAUAUAAAGACUUGGUUCUUGUACGAGCAGAAGACCCCACUGCUAGCCUUGACAUCUUAUGGAAGACUUCUCUACUGUUUGGCAACCCACGCCCAUCUUGGAGUGGAAUGAUGCAACUUGUUCACCAAGGAAGACACCAGGGCAAGUCUUCUGUUAUGUUCCUUCCUAUGAUCGAUAUGAAUCCAAGUGAUGUUACGUGUGUCUCUUCCACCUUGCACUUUGUUUCCGAGCAUGCUAAGCAACACAGUAUUGCAAAUCCCAUCGUCACGUCUGACCAGCCACUGUGGUUAAAGGCCUUUAACAUCAUACAGACGGAGCCAGCUAACAGUGAUUUGCGCAAAGUUAUCGUGCGUCUAGGUGCCUUUCACGCGGAGAUGAGCUUUCUUGGAAGUAUUGGCCAUCUGAUUGCAGGGUCCGGUUUACGAGAAGUGUUGGAAUUGAUAUAUGCGUCUAAUGCGGUAGACCAUAUAAUGACCGGAAAAGCUAUUUCCCGUGCAGUGCGUGCACACCUCAUUGUCGACGCUGCAUUGAAUGCACUUCUGUAUUCGGAAGCUCUGGAGGUGCCUGUACCGCAUCUUCACCAUACAGGUAUGAAGUUUUUAUGUAGUUGCAAUCAUUUACUGUUGCCUAUAAAAUAUGUCUUGUCUUUUUUAAUGUUUGAAUAUUUUAUCACUUUUGGGUCAUAGCUUCUGCGGAUACAACAAAUAGCGACGAGAGCCCAGAACAUGCGGCAACAGCAUAUAGAGAAGCUGAGACUGGGCAGAGAGGUACUGUCUUUCUUUAAAAAUAAUGACAAGAUACUCCUUACAAUACCACCUCGAAGCAGACAGCAAUUACAUGAGUUUUUUUCUACAUGUUGUCAUUUCAGAUAAACAGUGUACUUUUGUGCCUGAAUUACCUGAUGAGUUUGCCGUGUCAGCGAUCGACUCCCCUCACGCACAAGGUGCAUAUAGCAGUAAGUAUAUAUUUAAGGCAAUAAUUUUACCCCCAAAACUGAUGUUUUAACAAGAAAAAGCAUUAAAAUGUUUUAAUUUAAUAUUGCAGGCGGCCAACGUCUCUUGGAGACGAUACCAGAAGACACUCACUCGGACACUGUAAUUCUAAAACUUGAAGAGGCGCGAGCACUGUUUGAUAAGCUGAUGGAAAAGAAAGUCUCAGCUGAUGAAGCAAGCAUCUCAGAGGUUCUUGAUAACAUUGAAGAAUGCGUACACAGAAAGCAAGACCUCCUAGCUGAGAGAAGCCGCACAGCAGCUCUGUGGAUUAAGUACCUAGAAAUGGUAGACAUAUUGCGCUCCUUUAUAAGAGCAGAGCGCACAGCGAAUUGGGAACUUCACCUAAAGGCAUUGACCAGAAUGCUGCCACACCUUGCUGCGUCAAGCCACAACUUGUACGUAAAGUGUGCUCGACUUUACCUACAGUCGAUGACAGACCUCCGUACGGACCACCCGGAUGUCUACCGAGACUUCGCGUCGGGUCUUCACGUAGCAAGAAGAAGUAAUCGAUUUUGGGCUGGAUUAUCGAUAGACCUAGUCAUCGAGCAGGUUCUUAUGAGAAGUCUGAAAACCUGUGGUGGCUUGACCAGAGGGAGGGGCCUAACGGAGCAGCAACGUCUUAUCUGGCUGUUAUCCAUGCCUGCGUGUGUCGAAACAAACCACAUCAUGCAAGAGCUGACAGGAGUUCAGUUUAACUCUGGAGAACAGAACAAAGAUAUGUCUAAGGCACGACAGACAAGAGAUAUGAAGGACACAGUGACCAUCCUCAGGGCUCUGGCUACCCACAACCCUUUCUCUCUCGACACUGACAGUAAUCUAAGAAACAUCAUGAAUGGUGUAAACGCCGAUAGUAAUGUCAAUGCUGACACAGCCAAGAUUGUCGGGGAGAAGAUUCUAUCGUCGAUGAAUGGAACGUUAGCCACUGAUUACUCAUUCAAACGAAGUGCCCAGGCAGUCACCAUGGCAUCGAAGUCCUCCGUAAAGAUUGACAAUGACCAAGUACAAGUUGACCCUCAACUUUUAUUUCAGCGGCUCAUUAUCGCCUGUGAUAACUCCCACCCUGAAGCAUUAUUUCAGUACGAUCUCUGCACGUAUCCCACGGCUCUUUUCGAUUCCCCAUUCACGUUAAGGCAGCCACAAAAGCCAGCGCUAGCAGAUGCACUAUGGACAAGGCUUACACCAGAGGCCAAGACGCAGCCUGAAGGGAAUGUACAAUACGUGCUGGACGGAGGCGCUCUUCUCCAUCGAGUGCCCUGGCCAAGAGGUUCUCCAUCAUACAAGGAAGUCUGCGACUUGUAUUGCACUUACGUGCAAAGGAAAUACGGAAGGGCGAUAGUAGUGUUUGACGGGUACGACGAGAUGUCAACUAAAGCUAUGACACAGCAGAGGCGCGCAUCAGGGAAGGUUGCUGCCACUGUCACCUUUACAGAAAUCAUGUCUAUAACGAUGAAGAAGGAUAACUUUCUCUCGAAUCCCAAGAACAAACAAAGCUUUCUGUUAAUGCUAAGCGAGGCUCUCCAGAAUGUAGGAUGUGUAACACACCACGCAAAUGGUGACGCCGACCUGCUUAUAGUCCAAACAGCUGUAGAGUCUGCCCGAACGAAAACCACGAUUCUAGUAGGGGAUGACACAGAUUUGCUUGUCCUUCUUUGUUAUCAUGCUUCCGAAGAUGGCUGCGACCUCUAUUUUAGACCAGAACCAAAGGGAAACGCAAGAGGUGCGCGCGCCUGGCAUAUGAAGAGAGUCAAAGAACAGCUGGGUAAGGAAGUUUGCAGAAAUCUCCUUUUCCUUCAUGCUGUCACUGGAUUUGACACAACAUCACGCCUCUAUGGAGCUGGCAAGGCCACAGCCUUAAAGAAAUUUGAGAAUGUACUACACUUCAAACAGCAAGCUAACGUCUUCAGCCGUCAUUCUACCGUUUCCGACGUUGUCAGUGCAGGUGAAAAAGCACUUGUAUCGCUUUUCAGUGGUAAACCAGGGGUAGGUCUUAACGCUCUCAGAUAUCAGCGUUACUUUGAAAAACUUGCUAACAAGACGUCUCAUAUUGAGCCGCAGAAUCUGCCCCCGACAGCAGCAGCUGCCCGAUUUCACAGCCUGCGCGUCUACCUACAGGUAAAGCAGUGGCAGGGAGAAGGUGCUGGCAUGUCAAUGGAGGACUGGGGUUGGAAAGUCAGUAAUUAUCAAGUAUUUCCUGUUGCAACGGAUUUGCCGCCUGCCCCAGAACCUCUUCUCCAGUUAAUCAGAUGCAACUGUUCGUCUGACUGUAGCAGUAUGAGGUGCAUCUGUCGCAAGAAUGGUAUGCAGUGUUCUCCGGCUUGUGGCCAAUGCAAAGGGUCUUCGUGCACAAAUUCUUUGAACACUGUAGACUACGAAAGUGAAGAUUCGGAAGACUAG